AUGCUCACACAUUUAUCCAAAUUGAAAGAAGAUGGAGACGAUCAUCCUAGUACAGCCAGAAAAGCCCUCUUAUCCUUCAGGACGGACGCCGCCUCCUGCGGGGAUUCCCGCCGGAAUUCGCCCUCAACCACCGCUAUUUUCAUAUCCCUCGUCAUCUCCACCUGUAUUGGCCUAUCCGCCGCCGUAGCCUUCGGUUUCCUGUUCUUCCACGCGUCCUCACCCGACCCGAACACCGUCGACGAGACCUCCCGCUCUCUUACGAGGCUGAAGCAUCCCGUUGUUUUGCUUAUCUCGUCAGACGGGUUUCGUUUUGGGUACCAAUUCAAGACGGAUACGCCCAACAUCCACCGGCUGAUCCAGAACGGGACGGAAGCCCGAUUGGGCCUGAUCCCGGUCUUCCCGACGCUGACUUUCCCAAACCAUUACUCGAUCGUCACCGGUUUAUACCCCGCUUACCACGGAAUCGUGAAUAAUUUCUUUAUUGAUCCAAAAACGGGCGAUUUUUUCAGUAUGUCGAGCCACGAGCCCAAGUGGUGGCUGGGCGAGCCCAUCUGGGAGACCGUGGCCCGCCAGGGCUUGAAGGCCUCGACUUAUUUCUGGCCCGGGGCGGAGGUUAAACGGGCCUCCUGGGACUGCCCUGAAGAGUACUGCAUGUUUUACAACAGCUCGGUGCCUUUCGAGACCCGAGUCGACUCAGUCCUGAGCUACUUCGACCUGCCAGACGAUGAAAUCCCAUCGUUCAUGACACUGUACUUUGAGGACCCGGACCGCCAGGGACACCACGUGGGGCCCGAUGACCCGCGUAUCACGGAGGCUGUUGCCCGGGUAGAUGCAAUGCUUGGGAGGUUAAUAACCGGUUUGGAAGACAAGGGUGUUUUUGAGGAUGUGAAUGUGAUUUUAGUUGGGGACCACGGGAUGGUGGGUACGUGCGACCAGAAGUUGGUGUUCUUGGAUGACCUGGCAGAUUGGAUCAAGAUACCGAAAGAAUGGGUCUAUUCAUACAGCCCAUUGCUUGCCAUUCGGCCUCCGGCCGGAUUCUCGCCGGAGGAGGUAGUGAAGAAGAUGAACGAGGGGUUGAGUUCGGGGAAAGUUGAAAAUGGCGAGUAUUUGAGGGUUUAUCUCAAGGAAGAGCUUCCGAGACGGCUUCACUAUUGGGAGAGUGAUCGGAUUCCGCCUAUUAUAGGGUUGGUUGAGGAGGGUUUCAAGGUGGAGCAGACGAGUUCGGGAAGGAAGGAGUGUGGGGGUUCGCACGGGUAUGACAAUGCGUUUUUUUCCAUGAGGACGGUUUUUGUGGGUCACGGCCCGCGGUUCGGGAGGGGUAAGAAGGUGCCGUCCUUUGAGAAUGUUGAGAUUUAUAAUUUGGUGACGGAUAUAUUAAACAUUAGUGGGGCUCCAAACAAUGGGAUAUGGCUUCUCCAGGUUUCGGAGCAGGCCUACUUUGCACGAAUCACAGCUGUAGCACAGCUGGCUGGGGUCAUUGUUCCAGAUGGCACAGUCGGGAUUGACUGCUACGCUUGGCGUCCCCACCCAAGUUGUUGGGGUAGACGGGCCCCACCUCUGAAUCAACGAGGGCCAAUUUUCCUCUCGGAAGUUUUUUCUCUUGGUUGUGGUUUGGUCUCGCGUUGGGGUCUUUCAAGAACAGCAAAAGAACAUCCUGAUAUCAUCAUGUUCUUGAAAGUCAAAUUUGACGAGAACAAGUCCAUGUGCAAGAGCUUGAACGUGAAGGUUCUUCCAUAUUUCCACUUUUACCGUGGGGCAGAUGGGCAUCUCGAGGCCUUCUCGUGUUCACUUGCCAAAUUCCAGAAAAUUAAGGAUGCAAUCGAAGUACAUAACACGGCACGUUCCAGCAUUGGACCCCCGAAAGGAAUUGAGAUAACACGGCACGUUCCGGCAUUGGUCCCCCCGAAAGGAAUUGAGGAUCUAAAUCUGCAAGGAGCUUCUUCACCUCCAGAAAAUAGUCCUUUGCCAUAA